AACCUUUUUGGGAAGAUGGCAGACAUACUGGAAAAAAUUAAAAACUUGUUCAUGUGGGUCCAGCCAGAAAUAACACAGAAACUCUACAUUACUCUAUGGGCAGCUUUUAUUGCAUCCUGCUUUUUGCCAUACAGGAUUAUUGGUCUUGCAAUGGGACUCUAUGCUGGAAUCAAGUUUUUCCUUAUUGAUUUUAUCUUCAAACGAUGCCCCAGACUGAGAGCUAAGUAUGAUACUCCUUAUAUCAUCUGGACAAGUCUCCCAACAGAUCCUCAGCUCAAAGAAAGAUCUAAUGCUACAGUGUCGAGACGGCUUCAAACAGCAGCAUCCAGAAGUUACGUGGGCUCCAGUGCCCCAGCUGGAAUAAGCAAAGAUGAAGACACAAGUCGUUUUCAUACCACCAAGAGGGGGAAUUUCCAUGAAGUUUUUAACUUGUCAGAAAGUGAGCGUCCGCUGGCAGUGUGUGAAAAUGGCUGGCGCUGUUGCUUGAUUAACAGAGACAGGAAGAUGCCUACAGACUACAUCAGGAAUGGAGUUCUUUAUGUCACAGAAAAUUACUUGUGCUUUGAAAGCUCCAAAUCUGGCUCAUCUAAAAGAAAUAAAGUUAUAAAGCUGACGGAUAUAACAGAUAUUCAGAAGUAUAAAGUACUCUCUGUUCUUCCGGGGUCCGGGAUGGGCAUUGCUGUAUCCACACCAUCGACACAGAAGCCUUUGGUGUUUGGUGCCAUGGUACACAGAGAUGAAGCUUUUGAGACAAUAUUCAACCAAUAUGUGAAAAUAACCUCUGCAUCAUCAAGCAGUGAAAGCUAGUAUCUUAUCUUAGAAGAUUUAAAGGAAACUUCCUUAUUUUACAACUUGGUAGUGAAAAAAAAAGAACAUCCUCAUCUAUUUUGCAAUAAUUUUUUCUUGUCUGGUGGUUUAUAUUCUAUCUGUUACAUAAAUCAAGUGUAUUUUAUAUAUGCCUUCAUGU